GUUGGCCAUUUGAAAACAAUGUUAAACAAGAUCGGAUUGAGCUCGAGAUAGGGCUUCUGAGCUCGACUCGGAGAAUUGAGUCAACAUGGACCGAGUCAGCUUCUACCUGGAUAAUAAAACCUAAAACCUCCAAAAACCCUGGCAUAUCCCAAAGAAACGCCAACGGGCAACGAUGGCCGAAAAGGAGCUGGAUUCGAUGUCUCUUUCGGAGCUCCGCCUGCUCUCCGCUUUUCUCGCCAUGGAAACCACCGAUUCUCUGCUCUGUGUAGCCAGGGAAUGUGGUGGAGGAAAGUUAACUGAGAAAGUUCAAAGCUUUAUUUGGGAUCAUUGCUUAACCAAAGCUGUAGGGAAAGGCUAUGAAUCUUAUUCGAAGAAGUUUGUAAAGAAGCUUAUUACAGAGAUUGAAUCAAACCAUGGUAAUGUGUUGGAUGAAUUGUAUGAACAAUAUGCUUCCUACAUGAUUUCUUUCAAGGACGAUAAUCCAGUCAAAGAAAAUGAGAGAGUCUGCAAAUGCAUUUCUUUUCUUUUCCCUGAUUGUUUUAAACUAUCGAUUUGUCCAAAAUCACGGAAACUGGUUGUCCCGCUACAGUGUUCACUCAACAUGCUUGAGGGAGAUACAGGGUGUUCAGUUUGGCCUUCCAGUCUUUUCCUCUCUGAGUUGAUACUUUCUUAUCCACAUAUUUUCUCGGGGAAAUCAUGUUUUGAGGUCGGAUCCGGUGUUGGUUUGGUUGGAAUUUGUCUAGCUCAUGUAAAAGCCUCCAAGGUGAUAUUAAGUGAUGGCGACUUGUCGACUUUAGCUAACAUGAAGCUUAAUCUGGAGAAGAACCGGUUGAAUACAGAAACCAAUUUACCCGAACCAAGUAUCGAAAAUCAAAAUGUGGUUAAAUGCAUUCAUUUGCCUUGGGAAUCAGCAUCAGAAAAGGAACUGCAAAACUUCAUGCCAGAAAUUAUUUUAGGUGCAGAUGUUAUUUAUGAUCCAUCUUGUCUUCCACAUCUUGUUAAAGUACUAGCCAUUCUUUUGAACAAAAAGAAGUCAUAUAUCGAGAAUCGGGAAGGAAGUAUUCCAAACUCUUUUCCCGGUGAUAGUAAGGUAAAUGAUGCCCAUGAUUUAGAUGCAUCUAGUUUUCAUGCUCAACGAAUCAAUACGAGUGAAGUCAAAGGAAUCAUCAACAAUGCUGUUGAUCUCGUAUCAAGGGCAGACCCUGUUGCUUAUAUUGCUUCUGUUAUUCGGAAUGCCGAUACUUUCGAUCGAUUUCUUGCAUUAGCAGAUCAGGCUGAUCUUAGAAUUAAAGACUUAACAUCUACACUGAGGCCCUUUGAUUUGCUUCCGUACAUGAAGUCUUAUGAUCGUUCUAGCAUAAGAUUGUUUACUGUAACUUGAUUUGUAUCUUGGGUUUAUUGGUGAAUCUUACACAUGAUACUGAAUGUGAAUAUUUUACAAUUUUUCAAAAAUAAAAUGUAGAAGUAAUGUAACAUUUGAUUUUAA